GCUCACGUCUCACCAGGAUGCUGGCAGAAGACCUGAAGAUCCCGGAGACAAACUCCAUGGCAUGGCCCUCAAGCCUCACCCUGGACAGGAAGGAGGAGAGUCUCAAAUUUUCAGCCUGGAAGGGGACUAGUCCCUACUUUGAGAGCUGAAGUCCCUCCAGAUUGUUGAAGCAGUCCUGCAGCAGAAAGGGCUGCCCAGAGAAGGCGUGAGUCCUAUCCCAAGAGAAAGCCUGCCCCAUAGAACAUGGCUGGCCCCAGAAGACUGUAGAAGGUACCCCUGCAACAACCAGAUAAAGGCUGGAUUAUUGGGUUGUGACUCAAUUUAUGUUUCAUAUACAGAGCAGGACUUGAGGAUUGAAAUCCCUAGACCAGAAGUGGGAAAUUCUUCAAGGAGCCAGGAGCACUAAGCCCAGCAGCAUGCCCCCACCCCUGCCCCACCCUAAGCAGUUCCCAGCUUCCUGGAAAGGACUGGAUGAAGAGAGUAGGAAAUUGCACUGGGGAUAGGGACUGAAGCUGGAGACCGCAGGCCCCCGCUGGCAAGAGGUUGACAUUCCUGGAACAGGACUAGGCAAAAACAAGAAGCUUCUCUGCCUAGGGCUUAGAAGCCCAUGAGAAAUGGCAGGCCUAGAAGAGGAAGGGGUCGACAAACUAAGAAUUAGGGUCACAGGAUAAGCACUACAUCUCCACCUGGCCUCUGACUCACCUGGUGCCCCAGGCAAAAGGCACCAGAUAAAAGGUAGAGGAGGAUGAGGAGGAGGGAGAAGGAAGUUCCCAGGCUGAACAGCAUGAAGGAGCCCUCACUGACUAGCAGCCUCCUCCUGCUAUUGUUGCUCCUAAGCCCAGGCCCUGGAGCAGCAUUGCUAAUACCACCCAGCACUACCUGCUGUACUCAGCUCUACCGACAGCCACUCUCAAACAAGCUACUGAGGAAGGUCAUCCGGGUGGAACUUCAGGAGGCUGAUGGGGACUGUCAUCUCCAGGCUUUCGUGCUUCACAUGGCUCAACGCAGCGUAUGCGUCCACCCCCAGAACCGCAGCCUGGCUCGGUGGUUUGAGCGCCAAGGGAGAAGGCUCCAGAGAACUUUGCCCAACAUGAAUUUGGGGCUGCCAGGGAAGAUGGGCUAGAGCCCCCAACAGCCAAAAUAAUAAAGCAGCAUUGGACAAUAAUCUCUGAGUGUGAUCCCCAA